GCCGAGUGAGAGCGGACAUGUCCGAUGCAGCUUGGUGCUUGAGUUUGACAAGUGGGCUGUGUCUGUCUGCGCGCACACAUUUGUUUCCGAAGCAACCCUGAAGUGGAGAGCGGCUUUAUUUCUCGUGAGGAGCCCAGACAUGACACGACUGAGGAUGCUUUGUGUUAUCUUGGCACUGUUUAUUAGCCAGUGCGCCGCCGUCAUAAGGGUUCCGCUGUAUAAAACCAGAAGUCUGCGCCGCCUCAUGAGCGACAAUGGGAGGACUGUGGAAGAACUCCGGGCUCUGGCCCAGAGUGCUGGAGCUCCGGACAGCGGCCCACCCCCCAGCUUACCCGUGGAGAGGCUGACCAACUUCAUGGAUGCCCAGUACUACGGCGUUAUCAGCAUCGGCACCCCUCCGCAGAACUUCACCGUCCUGUUUGACACCGGCUCCUCCAACCUCUGGGUCCCGUCCAUCCACUGCUCUUUCUUUGAUCUGGCCUGUUGGGUUCAUCAUCGGUACAACUCGAAAAAGUCCAGCACGUACGUUAAGAAUGGCACAGAGUUUGCUAUACGAUACGGCAGAGGCAGCUUGUCUGGCUUCAUCAGUGAGGACACCGUGUCGGUUGCAGGUCUAUCUGUGUCCGGUCAGCAGUUUGGAGAAGCAGUGAAGCAGCCUGGCAUCACCUUUGCCGUUGCACGGUUCGACGGGGUUUUGGGGAUGGCGUACCCCUCCAUAUCAGUGGCCAACGUCACGCCGGUGUUUGACACAGCCAUGGGUGCCAAGCUGCUGCCCCAGAACAUUUUCUCUGUCUAUAUCAGCAGGGACCCCAAAGCAGCAGUGGGAGGAGAGUUGGUGCUGGGUGGGUUGGACCCGCAGUACUACACUGGAGACCUGCACUAUGUUAACGUGACCAGAAAGGCCUACUGGCAGAUCGGCAUGAACAGAGUUGAUGUGGGGAACCAGUUGACCCUCUGCAAAGCCAGUUGCCAGGCAAUUGUGGACACAGGAACGUCUCUCAUUGUUGGUCCGUCAGAGGAAAUCAGAGCGCUGAACAAAGCUAUUGGAGCUCUGCCUCUGCUGAUGGGAGAGUACUUGAUUAACUGUAAGAAGAUUCCAACUCUUCCUGUUAUCUCAUUCAACAUCGGAGGGAAGACGUUCAACUUGACCGGGGAGGAUUAUGUCAUGAAGGAGUCUCAGUUGGGAAUGUCCAUCUGUCUGUCUGGGUUCAUGGCCAUGGAUAUCCCACCUCCGGCCGGGCCCCUGUGGAUCCUGGGAGACGUGUUCAUAGGGAAGUACUACACCGUGUUUGACCGGAGCGCAGACCGAGUCGGGUUUGCUGCUGCCAAGUAGGAGACAGAUGGAACGUGUUAAAAAGAUUCUUCCAACUAGUAAUUAGACUAAAAUGGGAGCUGAUCACCGCAAUUUAAACAUCACAGCAAGAAAUGCUGGAAUUUCUCGUCUGGUUUUUGAAGUUUAUCCAACGUGCGGACCACUAAAGAUGCUGCAUUAAUGUUUAGAUAAAUCAGCCGUGUCUGUUUUUGUGCUAUUUGUUGCCACCACAGUGGGAUGCUGCUUUAUUUUUUUCCGCUUUAACGUUUUAUAGUUGUCCUGGCAGAUUUCAAACUAUGGACUUUAUUUGCACUGCUUGAAA